AUACUCCACUUGACACGAUGUUCAUUUUGGGGUCUGUGUUGGUGGCCUUAGUACACGGAGAAUCUGGCCAAAUACACUGGUGUUACAAUAAUGCAUCAUGCAAUGAAAAUGUCUGGGUCUCAGAACCACUGGGCUUCUGUAAUGGAACACGGCAAUCGCCCCUCAAUAUCAACACCACCAGUGUUAAAGGGAACUCAAGUCUGAUAGCCUUCAACUUCACUGGCUUUAGUAACAGAAACACUAUGACGACAAUAGAGAACACAGGCCAUACAGUGAAGGUAACAUUAGGAGACGGGCUUGUGAAGAUCAGCGGUGGGGGGCUCCCUGGGACCUACGAUGCCCAACAGUUCCAUCUGCACUGGGGCAAUGGCAGUGAUGUUCCAGGAUCAGAGCACACUGUGGAUGGCAAGCAAUACCCCAUGGAGUUACAUAUCGUGACUGUAAAGUCUGAAUACAAAGGCAACACAACCCUUGCCCUCACAGACCCUGAAGGUCUGGCAGCUUUGGGCUUCUUAAUAGAGAAAAAAAAUGACAGUUCCCUGCCAGAGAGCUGGAAAAUCUUGACAUCAUACCUGCCCAAUGUUACAAACAGUGGCCAAAAGGCAAACAUUACUCAGCAAUUUUCACUUGAUGAUCUCCUGGUGGGGGUGAACCGUACAAAGUAUUACCGUUAUUUGGGCUCCCUGACUACCCCCAAUUGCAACGAGGUUGUGAUUUGGACUGUAUUCAAGGAUCCAGUCAAAGUUAGCAAGAAUUUGAUUGACCUUUUCAGCACGUCGCUAUACACCUCUGACCCCGUGCUGAUGACCAAUACCUACCGAAGUACUCAGGUGCCCAAUGGUAGAAGUAUCAUGACCCAGGCUUCAGCUUCAUCACCACUAAUGACUGCAGACAGACUUUUCCUUCUGUCCCUGGUCAUGCUACAUGUUCUCCUCUGGGAACGUGAUGCAUGAUGAGGAAACUUUGAUGUCAGUGUGAUUUUCAUUUUUACAAUAUUGGAGGAUAACUUAUAUUAUGAUAGAGGAACGCCAAUGUAUUGACUGUAAUAACAAUAUAUAGUUAUAAAUCAUUUAUUUUAAUCAUUAAUGUAUUUAAAUUGAGUACAUGUAUAUUUUUGUGCACUGCCUUUGCAUUAGAAGGAGAUUGAAGUAGGAGGAGAAAGGGAGUAUAGGACUAAAUGUUUUGGAAUUUAUAUAAAAACAGCAGCCAAUAAUAUUUAAUAAUAUUGUAGCAUUUUGCACCUGAAGAAUUUCCAUGGGUUUCAGAUAAUUCAAGAGCUUUUUCUUUAUAACAUGAAAUAUCAAUUUGUAAAAUCAUUUGCAGGACAGCUCUUUCCCAUUUUCGAAACGACUUGCAUUCAAGCUGAACGCUAACGCUGCCACUCAGUUUUUUUGCCACUCAGUUGGUGUGAGCACGGCGACUUCCGUCCUUGUAUGCCCUUGCAGUACGAAGAGCCUAAGAACAUCAGAUAAGGGCGUGACAAUUUGGAAGCAUUUUACGCUUUUAACAACAACUAGUACCACAGCAGUAAAAACAAAGUUAUGAGAGGUGGAAGUAGCGUGUAGUAGAAUAUCCCACUAAACAAUGCACACGCAAUUGUGUGAGACAAUGUAAUAGGGAAAAAGCAGCGGAUGAUUUGGGAGUCGCUAGCUUGGGCUGUUGUGCGCACUCGAUACAGUUUGUGAUACACGAGCGCUGCGAUUGCAGCGAAGUGUAAGUGACGCUGCUGCCAGAGGGAGAAAAAUUGCAUGGUAUUUUAAGCAUUCGACACUUGCGUAUCCUCGCUUGGAAGAUAUUCAAACUGAACUGCAAAUGGCUCAAAAAUACUUAAAACAAAUGAGGUGGAAAGGUACGUUAUGCAUGUCUUUAGGAGCCUAAUUAAAGUUUUUUCGG